AUGAAUGUCUUUCAAUUCGCCGUGUUUCUGCUCUUUCAGAAUCCCCGUUAUAAACAUAGAGAUCUGAUAUAAAUUAAUAAUGGAAAAACCAGCGGAGAGCUUCCCCUUCCCCAUACUCCUCGUGAUCUCCUCCUGCCUUUUCCUCGUCCCCAUCUCUGGACAAAGUGACACCAUAACCUCCUCCCAAUCCCUCAAAGAUGGGCAGACCAUUGUCUCCUCGUCCGGAACAUUCGAGCUAGGAUUCUUCAGUCCACCAAAUUCUCUGUAUCGAUAUGUGGGGAUAUGGUACAAAGCCACUGACCGGACUCCCGUGUGGGUUGCAAAUAGACAAGCCCCGCUGAGGAACAAGAAUGGAAUCCUGAGGAUCAUCCAUCCUGCAGGAGUUCUGGCCAUCCUCGACACGUCUUCUAAACGAAUCGUUUGGUCCACCGAUGCCUCCACCCGGCCCGUGAUAAAUCCAGUUGCAGAAUUGCUGGAAACAGGGAAUCUUGUUGUGAGGGAUAGGGAUGAUGAGAACCCGGAGAAUUUCCUAUGGCAGAGCUUUCAUUACCCUACCAACACCUUGCUGGCUGGCAUGAAGCUCGGGAAGAACUUAACUUCCGGUCUUGAAAUGUAUCUGUCGUCGUGGAAGAGUGUAGACGAUCCCUCCCCGGGGGAUUACACGUAUCACUGCGACAGCUCAGGGUAUCCCCAGGACAUCCUGAGAAAAGGGUCCAAAGUUGUAUACAGAUCCGGGCCGUGGAAUGGACUUCAUUGGAGCGGCGCACCGAACAUGGUGAACAACACUAUGACCUCAUUCAAUCUCGUUAUGAAUAAGGAUGAGAUUUACUACAUAUAUGAGCUGGCCAACAAGUCGGUGAUUUCCACCCUUGUGGUGAAUCCUGACGGAGACACCGGGAGGCGGACAUGGGUGGAUAAAACCCGAUCUUGGCAAAACUACCACUCCGUUAAGGCCGAUGAUUGCGACACAUACGGAAUGUGCGGCGCGUAUGGUACUUGCAAUGUUCUUGAUUCCCCCGUGUGCCAGUGUUUGGACAAAUUCGUGCCCAGGCAUCAAGAGGAUUGGGAAAGGGUGGAUUGGUCCGCGGGUUGUGUUCGGGAGGCUGCUCUGAAUUGCACCGGGGAUGGGUUUCUGAAAUAUGCCGGUGUCAAAUUGCCCGACACAAAUAUUUCGCGUUACAAUGAAACGAUGUCGCUGGAUGAAUGUCAAAGUGUUUGUGCGAAGAACUGUUCGUGUAUGGCGUAUUCGAGCUUGGACGUUAGGAAUGGAGGGAGUGGGUGCUUGCUCUGGAUGGGAGACUUAGUUGACACCCGACAGCUGUCUGAAGAUGGACAAGAAAUCUACAUAAGAAUGGCACACUCUGCCUUAUUAGGGGGGUCUGCAAAAACAAGUAGAAGACAGAUUGUUACUGUGGGGUUGCCAUUGAUUAUAGCUGCAGUUCUUGUAUCCCUAGUAUUUGGCACAAUCUUUUGUUUCAGGAAGAGAAGAAUGAGUCCAAAGAUCACAAACAAUGUUUUUGCUGCCCAAAACUACAAGGAAUCAAGUGGUGGGAGACACAGUGAAGAUUUGGAUCUGCCUCAGUUUGAUCUCUAUACAUUAACUCUUGCCACAGACCAAUUUUCAAUACAUAACAAGAUUGGAGAAGGGGGCUUUGGACCUGUUUAUAAGGGGGUGCUUGAAGGGGGACAGGAAAUAGCAGUGAAACGCCUCUCCGAGGCAUCAAAACAAGGGCUUAGGGAGUUCAAGAACGAAGUAAUCUGCAUUGCCAAAUUGCAACAUAGAAAUCUUGUGAAACUUUUAGGAUGCUACAUUCAAGGAGAAGAAACAAUGUUGGUGUAUGAAUACAUGCCUAAUAAGAGCCUUGAUAUGUUCAUUUUUGAUGAAGAACAGAGUGGAUUGCUUGAUUGGCCUAAACGCUCUAACAUUAUCAAUGGAAUUGCACGAGGACUUAUGUACCUUCAUCAAGACUCGAGGCUGAGAAUCAUCCAUAGAGAUCUUAAAACUAGCAACAUUUUGCUUGAUAUUGAAAUGAACCCAAAGAUAUCAGAUUUUGGGAUGGCUAGAUGUUUUGGAGGGAAUGAGACAGGAGCCAACACUGUACGUGUGGUGGGAACAUACGGAUAUAUGUCUCCGGAAUAUGCAAUUGAUGGGAUAUUCUCAAUAAAAUCAGAUGUAUUUAGUUUUGGUGUCUUAGUAUUAGAGAUCAUAAGCGGCAAAAAGAACAGGCAUUUUGUUCAUCCAGACCACCACCUAAACCUCCUUGGACAUGCAUGGACACUUUAUAAUGAUAAUAGAUCGUUGGAACUAGUUGAUACGAAACUCAUUGACUCUUGUGAUCCAGCCGAAGUGACUCAAUCAAUCCACGUGGCUUUGUUAUGUGUCCAACAAUCUCCAGACGAUAGACCAAAUAUGUCAUCUAUAGUUUGGAUGUUGAGAAAUGAAUGUAUUCUACCAGAAGCCAAGCCGCCUGGAUUUUUUACGGAGAGACGUGUGCCUAGUACUGAUGAACACUACUCUUGGAGCACGCAGAACCCAAGUUCUAUAAACGAUAUUACAAUCACAUUGUUGGAUGCUCGAUAGAAGUAAAUUGGAACAUGGUUG